UGGAAAAAUUACUAAUGGACUAUUUUCCCUUGAUUCUCACCAGGCAUUUACAAAGUUUCUGGGGAGCUUCUGGAGAUUUUUGGCAAGCCCAAUGGGAUAAAUUCAUUGACAUUACAGGUGAUGAUCCGUUUAUGUUUUGGGUAUUCGGUACAAAUAUCUUUACAAUGUUGGUCUAUUGGCUGUUCGGUGGCUUCUACACAUUUAUGGAUUUGACAAAUUGUCCGGCAUUUUUGCGUAAAUAUAAAAUACAACCGGGCACAAAUGAACCAGUAGAACGUGCCCGACUACUAAAGGUCAUCGCAAAGGUAGUGACGAAUCAAGUAUGUGUCGGCAUACCGAUUGCAGUGAUCUCCUACAAACUGAUGCAAUUGAGAGGUCUAACCCCAAUACGCGAAUUACCCACAUUCCAUUGGGUUUGUGUUGAGCUGACUAUCUGCAUUCUGAUGGAAGAACUGGGAUUCUAUUACUCACAUCGGUUACUGCAUCACAAGAAUAUCUAUAAAUUUAUACACAAACAACAUCAUGAAUGGACAGCCCCGAUAGCAGUGACAGCUCUGUAUUGUCAUCCAAUUGAGCAUGUAUUCAGUAAUCUACUACCACCAUUUUUGGGCGUCUUCAUAAUGGGUUGUCAUGUGGCAACGGCAUGGAUGUGGUUCGCCUUGGCUAUUUUGUCGACAUUGAAUGCCCACUCUGGCUAUCAUUUGCCGUUCUUUCCCAGUCCUGAAGCUCAUGAUUUUCAUCAUUUAAAAUUCAAUAACUGCUUUGGAGUCUUGGGUGUCUUGGAUCGUCUGCAUGGCACGGACAGCUUGUUUAGAGCCUCGAAGUCCUAUGCCCGUCAUUUGAUGAUGUUAAGUUUUGUACCACCGCGUGAAGCCUUUCCGGAUUCAACGACAAAAUAAACAGGAAGGCCA